GUAAAACUUAAUGGAAGCUAUUCCGGAAGGAAAGGACAAGUUUAUGUGCCCAUCAUGCAUGUGAGUAGUCAACAAUCCUGUUGAAUGACUCGAAUGAGAGACUCCAUUCUGUAAAGAAUGCUUUGAUUCCUGGUUCAAUAACACCUCUGAAUGCAUGCAAUGUAGGAAUAAAGACGGAUGCAAGAAACUUAAUCGACACUUGAAAGCUGAGCUUAGCAGGACUAGUUUCCAGUGCACUAGAGGGUGCGGUCAGGAAAUUUUGUAUGAAAAGUUUCACGCUCACGAAGAUAGUUGCGAUGGAGUUCUAGUAGCAUCAGAGAACAGGGAGUCCAUGAUUAUACCAGAGAACUCCAAGUUAAAAUAACAAGUUAUUCGUGCUAGAUAGAGAAAAGCCUGAGCUUUUGAGAUAUGAUACAGAGAAGAACUCUCGUAUCAAGGUAUCGUUGGAGUUUACAAAGGACAGAAAAAGCUCAUUCCCCUCACAAUUCCAAUUUGUCUUUUUCCGACCAAUAAAUAGAAUGUUUGUAAUCGGAGGAAGCAAUAAUCCAACCCCAAAAGUUGAGAAAUGGAUUGUCAUGCAGAGAGCUGGAGCUGGAGCAGCAGUUUUCGAGGAGUUCUUGCUUAACACAUCAAUGACAGGAUGGGAGAUCCUGACAGACCAUUGGAAAGUUAUCAGGAAAUUCGCUCUAGGAUUACCAAGAUAUGCCCAUACCUCUAUUGGGAUAGAAAAUAAUUAUAUCUACUCGAUCGGAGGAAAGGAUGAGAAAGCAUCAACCAUUGUGGAAAGAUAUGAGCUCGAUGGCAACUCAGAAGUUCAUUGUGAGCUUAAUUUUCCUAGAUACUAUGCCUCAGCAUGCACUUUUGAUGAGAAAUAUAUUUAUGUAUACGGAGGAUAUGACAAUACUACGAAGCAAAUACUGAAUAAAAUAGAGAGAAUCGACCAUCUCAACCCUGAAGUUACUCCUUCUCUUUAUGAGCUAGAUGUAAAUGAUUUGCCAUGCCUCACAGGAAGUUUAUUGAGCCAAUAUAAUGAAAAUUCGAUCUUGAUCCUUGGUGGGAGAAACAGAAAGUUCAACUCAAAUGCAUAUUAUUUCGAUUGCCAAGAAUUAGCAGUAAAAUGUUGUAGUCUGAGAAGUAAGAAUCCAAAUAAGAAGAACUUGUUUGCUUACCAAUCUGAUUACACAAUAAUUGAGAAUGAUCAUGGAAACGACAGAUUCGUGUUCUAUAUAGACUCUUUAUUGGAUGAAUACACCCUGAAAAGUUUAGUUCUUUAACUUUUAUUCAAUAAAA